AUGGCCGACGCAGUCGCAGGAGCGCCCAAGACCAAUGGUCACUUAAACGGCUAUCCUAGCAAGAUGGCAGCAAAGUACAACCUUGCGCCUCACUUCAUCGGCGGCAACGAGCUCUCGAGUGCCGCGCCCAGCAAAGUGAAGGACUUCGUAGCCGCACACGAUGGUCACACCGUCAUCACGAGUGUCCUGAUUGCCAACAACGGUAUCGCAGCAGUCAAGGAGAUCCGAUCGGUACGAAAAUGGGCAUACGAGACCUUUGGUGACGAGCGGGCCAUCCAGUUCACCGUGAUGGCCACGCCAGAAGAUCUGGGCGCCAAUGCCGACUACAUCAGAAUGGCUGAUCAGUACGUUGAAGUGCCAGGCGGCACGAACAACAACAACUACGCCAACGUGGAGCUUAUUGUCGAUAUUGCGGAACGCAUGAACGUGCAUGCAGUCUGGGCAGGAUGGGGACACGCCUCAGAGAACCCCAAACUCCCCGAAUCGCUCGCCGCCUCGCCCAAGAAGAUUGUUUUCAUCGGUCCUCCUGGCUCUGCUAUGAGGUCGCUCGGUGACAAGAUCUCCUCGACAAUCGUCGCACAGCACGCCAAGGUACCAUGUAUCCCGUGGUCAGGAACUGGCGUGGACCAUGUAGAGGUGGACGAGAAUAACAUCGUCACUGUUGAUGACGAGACCUAUGCCAAAGGUUGCGUGAAGUCGUGGCAAGAAGGUCUCGAGUCAGCAAAGAAGAUUGGCUUCCCAGUCAUGGUCAAGGCAUCAGAAGGAGGUGGAGGCAAGGGUAUCCGAAAGGUCGAUGGCGAGGAGGGCUUCGAGGCAUUAUACAAGGCCGCAGCCAGCGAGAUCCCUGGAUCGCCCAUCUUCAUCAUGAAGCUCGGAGCCAAUGCCAGGCAUUUGGAGGUCCAGCUUCUUGCUGACCAGUACGGCAACAACAUUUCCAUCUUCGGUCGUGACUGUUCCGUGCAGCGAAGACAUCAAAAGAUUAUCGAAGAGGCGCCAGUGACGAUUGCGGGACAGAAGACCUUCCAGCAGAUGGCUGAUGCCGCUGUGUCGCUUGGUAGAUUGGUCGGCUACGUUUCUGCUGGUACAGUGGAGUAUCUCUACUCCCACGCGGACGACAAGUUCUACUUCCUCGAGCUGAACCCCCGGCUUCAAGUUGAGCAUCCAACCACUGAGAUGGUUUCGGGUGUCAACAUUCCAGCUGCUCAGCUCAUGGUCGCCAUGGGUAUCCCACUCAACCGCAUCCGUGACAUUCGUUUGCUCUACGGCGCGGAUCCUCACACACAGACUGAUAUCGACUUUAACUUCGAGAAAGAAGGCGCUUCCCAGCUGCAGCGCCGACCACAGCCAAAGGGACACUGCACAGCUUGCCGUAUUACCUCCGAGGACCCAGGCGAGGGUUUCAAGCCAUCUUCAGGUACGAUGCACGAACUGAACUUCCGAUCGAGCUCGAACGUCUGGGGAUACUUCUCCGUCGGUGCUGCAUCUGCCAUCCACAACUUCUCCGAUUCCCAAUUCGGUCACAUCUUCGCAUACGGCGAGAACAGACAGGCUUCCCGAAAGCACAUGGUCGUUGCACUGAAAGAGCUGAGCAUUCGUGGUGACUUCAGGACAACGGUGGAGUACCUCAUCAAGCUGUUGGAAACUCCAGCUUUCGAGGACAACACCAUCACGACCGGAUGGCUCGAUGAGCUGAUCAGCAAGAGAUUGACAGCCGAGCGACCAGAUCCCAUGAUCGCGGUGGUCUGUGGUGCCGUUACGAAAGCACACUUGGCCAGCGAAGAGUGCAUGGGCGAAUACAAGAAGGGCCUCGACAAGGGUCAAGUUCCGAGCAAGGAGAUCCUGAAGACAGUCUUCCCAGUGGAGUUCAUCUACGAGGGCAGCAAAUACAAGUUCACGGCGACACGAUCCAGCCCAGACACAUACACACUGUUUGUGAACGGCAGCAAGGCGCUGGUCGGCAUUCGAGCACUUUCGGACGGCGGUCUUCUUGUACUCCUUGGAGGACGCUCGCACAGUGUCUACUGGAAAGAGGAGGUCGGUGCUAUCCGAAUGUCAGUCGAUGGCAAGACCUGCUUGCUUGAGCAAGAGAACGACCCAACACAGCUUAGGACACCUUCUCCAGGAAAGCUGGUCAAGUAUGCUGUCGAGAACGGAGAGCACGUCAAGAAGGGCCAGGCUUUCGCUGAAGUGGAGGUCAUGAAGAUGUACAUGCCGCUCCUCGCUCAAGAGGAUGGACAUGUCAACCUCAUCAAACAGCCAGGCGCCACGCUCGAAGCCGGAGACAUCCUCGGUAUCUUGGCACUUGACGACCCUACCAAGGUGAAGUCGGCUCAGCCAUUCUUGGGCCAGCUGCCAGAGAUGGGAACGCCUGUUGUGUUGGGCACGAAGCCACCGCAGCGAUUCGCAUUCUUGAAGGGUGUGCUUCAGGCCAUCCUGUCGGGUUAUGACAACUCGGUCAUCAUGCAGCAGACACUGAAGGACUUCAUCGCUGUGCUCCGCGACCCUGAGCUGCCGUACGGGGAGUGGAACGCGCAAGCAUCAGCGCUGCACUCACGCAUGCCGCAGAAGCUAGACACUGCGUUCGAGCAGCUCGUUGAGCGCGCACACAACCGCAAGACUGAGUUCCCAGCGAAGCAGCUCCGCAAGACGUUCGACCGCUUCUUGGCCGACAAUGUCUCUGCAGGCGACGCUGAGCUGCUACGAACUGCUCUCACACCAUUGACGGACAUCAUCGCCAAAUACGAGGAUGGCCUCAAGGCACACGAGUUCGCCGUCUUCAUCGAGCUCUUUGACCAAUACUGGGCCGUGGAGAGCAUAUUUUCCGCAAGGCAGAGCCGCGAUGAAGAGAUUGUGCUAUCCCUACGUGAUGCCAACAAGGACAAGACUGCGAACGUCGUGCAAACCGUGCUUUCGCACACUCGAGCAAGCGCGAAGAAUAGCCUGAUGGUUGCGAUCCUCGACCAGUUCAGGCCGAACCGUCCAGGUGUUGGCAAUGUUGCCAAGUACUUCCGUCCAUCCCUGCAGAAGCUCGCAGACCUCGAAGGUCGCGCUACUGCCAAGGUGUCGCUCAAGGCCCGUGAGCUGCUCAUCCAGUGCGCUAUGCCAUCGCUUGAGGAGCGCACUUCUCAAAUGGAGCACAUCCUGCGCUCUGCUGUCCUCGAAUCCAGGUACGGCGAGAGUGGUUGGGAUCACAGAGAGCCCAACUUUGAGGUCAUCAAGGAAGUUGUGGACUCCAAGUUCACAGUCUUUGAUGUGCUGCCGCACUUCUUCGUGCACCAGGAUCCAUGGGUUUCCCUUGCGGCUCUGGAAGUGUACACACGCCGCGCAUACCGUGCGUACAAUCUCAAGUCGCUUGAGUACCUCACCGAGAACGAUGUGCCGUACGUCCUUGCUUGGAACUUCGCCCUUAGGAAGGUCGGAGAAGCCGAGUUUGGUCUGCCAGUGGCAUCAUCGCACCCAUCUGAGCCAGGCACGCCGGCUGAGGGUCUGGGUAGAGUCCACUCCAUCAGCGACAUGAGCUACAUUGGUCGCCAAGCUGGCGCUGGAGAGCCUAGCCGACGCGGUGCAGUCGUACCGGUGCCUUUUAUCGAUGAAGCCGAUGAGUACUUGAUGAAGGCUCUCGAGGCUUUCCCAGUCGCUGCUGGUCAGAAGACAAGAGCUGAUGUUAACACUCUCAGCGCCGACCUGUCUAAGAGACGGGCGGGUGUCACUGCACCACAGAGUGAUGAGGAGCUCACUGCUGUCUGCAACGUUGCAGUCCGCGAUUCGGAGUCUCUCGACGACAAGGAAAUUCUCUCCCGCCUCAUUCCCAUCGUCAAGGACUACAAAGACGAGCUUCUCGCUCGUCGCGUGCGACGCCUGACAUUCAUUUGUGGCCACAAGGAUGGCACAUAUCCUGGCUACUACACAUUCCGUGGUCCCACUUACGAGGAAGACACUCAGAUUCGUCACAUCGAGCCAGCGCUUGCCUUCCAGCUUGAGCUCGGACGUCUCUCCAAGUUCAACAUCAAGCCAGUCUUCACGGAGAACCGCAACAUUCACAUGUACGAAGCCAUUGGCAAGAAUGCUGAGAGUGACAAGCGUUACUUCACCCGUGCUACCGUCAGGCCAGGUCACCUUCGCGAGGAUAUCCCAACUGUUGAGUACAUGAUCUCCGAGGCCGACCGUCUCAUGAACGACAUUCUCGAUGCAAUGGAGAUUGCUGGCAACAACGGAUCCGAUCUGAACCACAUCUUCAUCAACUUCUCCACCGUCUUCCCUCUUGCGCCAAAGGAGGUCGAGGAGGCUCUUGGUGGCUUCUUGGACCGUUUCGGUCGACGCGCCUGGAGACUUCGUGUCACUAGUGCUGAGAUUCGCCUGGUUUGCACUGACCCCGACACUGGCAAGCCAUUCCCUAUGCGUGUCAACAUCACCAACACCUCAGGCUACGUCAUUGAGGUCGAGUUGUAUGAGGAGCGCAAGUCCGAGAGGUCGAGCGAAUGGCUGUUCCACAGCAUUGGUGGGACUCGCAAGAUUGGUUCCAUGCACUUACGACCAGUGUCCACUCCUUACGAAACCAAGGGUGCUUUGCAGCCAAAGCGUUACAAGGCUCACAUCAUGGGCACUCAGUACGCUUACGAUUUCCCAGAGCUCUUUCGCCAAGCCAUCGAGAACGAAUGGAUCCAGACCAGUGCUCAGCACCCAGGCAUGAAGGAUAAGCAGCCUGUCAAGGGCGAGUGCAUUGAGUACAACGAGCUCGUGCUUGAUGAGUCCGACAACCUUGCUGAAGUCAAUCGUGACCCAGGUGCCAAUAACAUUGGUAUGAUCGGUUGGAUUGUGACAGCCAAGACCCCAGAGUACCCUCGUGGCCGUCGCUUCAUCAUCAUUGCCAACGACAUCACCCACAAGAUUGGUUCUUUCGGUCCUCAGGAAGACAAGUUCUUCCACAAGUGCUCGGAGCUCGCUCGCAAGCUAGGCAUUCCACGCAUUUACCUGUCUGCCAACUCGGGUGCUCGUAUUGGUAUGGCUGAAGAACUGAUCCCCCACUUCUCCGUCGCCUGGAAGGACCCAAGCCGCCCGGAGGCUGGUUUCGAAUACCUCUACCUGACACCAGAGAAGAAGGCUCGCUUCGAAGAUGGCGCCCUUAAGCACGUUCUCACAAAGGAGAUCAAUGUCGGCGGCGAGCCACGUCACCAGAUCACCACCAUCGUCGGAGCUGAGGACGGCCUCGGUGUCGAGUGUCUGAAGGGCUCCGGUCUUAUCGCAGGAGAGACUUCGCGCGCAUACGAGGACAUCUUCACCGUCACCUUGGUCACUUGCCGUUCCGUUGGUAUCGGUGCCUACCUUGUACGCCUUGGUCAGCGUGCCAUCCAAAUCGAGGGUCAGCCAAUCAUCCUCACUGGUGCCCCUGCCAUCAACAAGCUCUUGGGUCGUGAGGUCUACACCUCCAACUUGCAGCUUGGUGGCACCCAGAUCAUGUACAAAAACGGUGUUUCUCACAUGACCGCCAACGAUGAUUUCGAAGGUGUUUCCAAGAUCGUCCGAUGGAUGUCGUUCGUUCCAGAGAAGAAGGGCGCGCCAGUGCCGAUCUCACCGUCUGCCGACACCUGGGAUCGUGAGAUCACUUUUUUCCCACCACAGAAGGCGCCAUACGAUGUUCGCCACCUCAUCGCUGGUCAGCACACCGACGAGGGUUUCAUGUCUGGUCUGUUCGAUAAGGAUUCUUUCGAAGAAGCACUUGGCGGAUGGGCACGCACUGUCGUAGUUGGUCGCGCUCGUCUUGGUGGCAUCCCAGUUGGUGUCAUUGGUGUUGAGACACGAUCGGUCGAGAACAUCACCCCAGCAGAUCCAGCCAACCCAGACUCUAUCGAGCAGGUUACCAACGAAGCCGGUGGUGUCUGGUACCCCAACAGUGCUUUCAAGACCGCACAGGCCAUCAAGGACUUCAACAACGGCGAGCAGCUUCCAUUGAUGAUUCUGGCUAACUGGAGAGGUUUCUCUGGAGGUCAACGUGACAUGUACAACGAAGUUCUCAAGUACGGUUCGUACAUUGUCGACGCCCUCGUGAAGUACGAGCAACCCGUCUUCGUGUAUAUCCCACCAUUCGGCGAGCUUCGUGGCGGUUCAUGGGUCGUCGUCGAUCCAACUAUCAACCCCGACUUCAUGGAGAUGUACGCCGAUGAGGACGCUCGCGGCGGUGUUCUCGAGCCAGAAGGUAUCGUCGGCAUCAAGUACCGCAAGGAACGCCAACUCGAGACCAUGGCUCGUCUUGAUCAGACCUACGGCGAUCUUAAGCGUGCAUCGCUCGAGAAGGGCAUUUCACCCGAGAAGCAAAAGGAGAUCCAGGCGAAGAUGCACGAACGCGAGCAGCUCUUGCUACCAGUCUAUCUGCAAAUCUCGCUGCAGUACGCUGACCUGCACGACCGAGCAGGUCGCAUGAAGGCCAAGGACACGAUCCGCAUGCCACUGUCAUGGCAGAACGCCCGCCGCUUCUUCUACUGGCGCCUGCGCCGCCGUCUCAACGAAGAGUACGUGCUCAAGCGCAUCGCGGCUUCCCAAUCCAAGGAGCUGGUCAGCAGGUCCACCAGCCUCAAGACUCUCGAGUCUUGGUCUGGUCUACCCAAGUACGCCACGGACGAUGCCGCAGUCGCUGUGUGGUUCGAAGAGAACCGCAAGACCAUCGCCGACAAGAUCGAGGCGAUGAAGACCGACGCGAUUGCCUACGAUGUCGCCGCCCUGAUGCGCAGCCACAAGUCUGGAGGUCUCAAGGGUGUUGCACAAGUUCUUAGCAUGCUGCCUGUGGAUGAGAAGGAGGAGGUGCUGUCCUGGCUGCGAAAGGCAUAG